AUGGCCCUCUGGACACCCUACGCCGAGGAGACCGCGCUAGACCUCACCACCAAGUACAAAAGUGAUUACGUGUAUUAUUCGCCCUACAACUACCAAACCUUUGUGCCAGUGCCCGAGACGUCUCCGUCCAGCUGUUCCAGCUUCGCCCCGCCGAGCCCUCAACCGCGCACCGGAAUGAUAUCGCCCCCAGACUCCCCCUCGUCGGCGCCCGAGAGGAAACGGCCUGCCUUCAUGAUGGACGUGGACUCGCUCUCGGACGAUCCCGACUUCCAGGCCUUCGAGCGCGACGCGCUGAGGGCCAUGGCCGAGAAGAACGGCGGAACCCUCUUGGGAAACAACCCAAGAAUGCGUCGCGCCGUACAAACCACCCAGGCCGCAGACGACUCGUACAGAAAGCAACGCGAAAGGAAUAACUUUGCAGCGAAGCAGAGCAGGGACCGGAGGAAGCUGAGGGAGAUCCAUCUAGCGCUUAAGGUCACCUACCUGAAGAAUGAAGUUGCCAAAUUGAAAAGUCAACUGGCCUUGAAGAGCUGCAGUCGGUGCCAGAAGCCCUGCGUCUGCUAG